CAAGAAUUAAUUUGUAAACUUAAUGAAAUAGAUUACUUGACGUUAACUUUUUUACAGUUUGUUUUUUCCAGGUGUUAUGAGGCGCGCUUGUUUUUGAUACAGCUGAUAUUUUGUCGCGAAUAACUUUUCAGUUUGAAUUUCAGUAUCUCAACAAUGCCAAAGUAUUCUAGCAGUAAUCCACAAAGCCGCAAAAAUAGACCACUUAAACGAGUCUCUCCUCGUUGGCGUAGUACUUUUCCUAUUUCAUUAAGUCAGCUACAAAGGAAACGUGAUGAAUUCUGGGAUACAGCUCCGGCAGCUGAAGGCAGAGUUGAGAUUUGGAAUGCUUUAAAAGUGGUUGCUGAUUUUUUUCAAAAACAUGAUUAUGAUAUGGCUCAAGCGAUUUUAGAUGGAGCAUGUAUCACCCUUCCAUCAGGAACAUUGUAUGACUGCUAUGAUGAACUUGGUGCUCAUUAUCAACUUCCAUUAUACGUUCUCAGUCAGCCAAGCAAUCUUGUUCCAGAUCCAUCUACUCCUGAUUCACAAGGCUUACACUCUCAACCAAAUAUAUCCUCUGUACUCAGAAAUUCAAAUUCCUAUACUUCUGGCUUUAACAACACAAGAGUACGUUCUCGUCAACAGUGCGCCGACAGUAAUAAUGAUCCAUCAAGUAGUGAUGUAUGUGGAUGCUUAUCAUUGUUCAAUGUAUUUUGUCAUAGAAAUCGCAGGAACAGAGACGGACCACCUCAUUGGUUACAGUGGAAUUUUAAUUCGUGCAGACGCGAUUAUAAUCAAUCAGUACGUGACAAAAUCGAUCCUACAAAUCAUAAUUCAUCAUCUCCACCAUCAUCUUGUCUUAAUUUAAGAUUAUCUACUGGUGAACAGUAUAAAUUAGAAAUCAGUGAUCAAAAUAUCACAGUUUUGGAAGCCAAACGUUUAUUUACUUCGCUGUGCGGUUGGCAUGAGCUUAGGCAGCGUUGGUUUGUAUGUGGUCGUUCUCUUUCGAAUCGACUUUUGAUUAAAGACUGUCAUAUACCAUCAGGUUUUGUUAUCCAAGUUAUUGUACACUCACCAUUCGAUCCUGAAUGUUUGUGGAAACAAGGGAAUAGAUCUGCAACUAGUUCUGUAGUGGAAGCUAUUAUCUCAUAGUAGUAGUAGUUAGUCAUUUACUUUUCACAACAAUCUGCAUUUCUGUUCAUUUAACAAAUUCGUUCUUAGAUUAGUAUUUUACUUUCAUAACAUUGUAUAUAUAAGCUCUCAUCAAUCGUUACUUCACUCAAUAUUAGACAAAUCAAAUAAUCCUACACAAAGUGACUUUUUGUCGCUCUGUAAUGCAAUCUGUUAAUGUUUCAUUAGCUUUUAUGUGGUUUUCAAAUUUCUUUUUGUUCUUUUCUCAACCCUUGUACAUCAUGAUAUGAUCUAAACGUUACUUUUUAUAUUAUUGUGUUAUACUCUUGUAUAAUUAAUUACUCUAUCUGUUAUGGGUUACCUCAUUUAAAUGGAAAAUUAAUUUGAUGAAUACUAUCUACUUAUUUUUUCUAAAAUCAUUGGAUUGCUUGCUUUUCUAUUGUUAUGAUUUAAGCAUGAAACAUUGAAAUGCUCAUUGUCCAACAUGUAAAUCUACAGUUGUUUUACUAAUUUAUAUAUCUGACCUGAACAUGUCCUAGAUAUGUUGGUUCUCUAAGCUUGUUUAUUUGCUUUAUUCUUAAUUUGCUGUAUUCCAUUUUCUUUGUGAUAAAUAAUGUCCUUUUCGUUUUCUUUAAUUUGUAAAUGAUUAUUUCACCAUUUAAAAAUUUUCUUAUCAUAAUGAUUGUGUUUGUUUUUGUCGUUAUUACUUUUUGUUUCAUCGUUCCUUUGCUUUAAACUUUUCUUAAGCAUACAUACACUUCUGUCUAUCGUUUUUUUUCAUUUGUUCUUUGUUUCUGAUCAAUUAGUUCGUUCAAACAUGUCUCUCUUUGUUUUGGUGGUUUUUCCGUACUACUCUGAACCUUUAUUAUCUUGAUUUCGUAUUGAGUUACUAUAAUCACCGUUUGUUUCACUCAGUGAUACCUAUGUGGUAAAGUAACACUAUUUAUCUCUCAUGUAGUACAUUGUAUAAAGAUAAGUUUUCGGAAUCUUUCUCCAUAUAUAUAUAUAUAUAUAUAUAUCGACAAGCAGAACUUACAGUAGUUUUGUUUUAUGAUUGAUUGAAAAUGUCACAUCCUAAUUUUUGUUUAUAAUUAGUGUAUUAUGUUCACAUUUUGUUUGUUUUGAAAAUAUUUUUACUUCCCUACUGGUUUUACUUUUUGUGUGCAUCAUGUUUACGCGUAAUUUUCUGGUGUUAUUUUUUUCUAAACUCAUUCACAGUUAGCAGAUAUUUUUAUUGUUUUUGUCUGUUCGAUUGAUUUUUAUUAUGUCUGGAGAUUCUACGGAAAUUUUAUGUGUUAGUUAAUUCUAAGUCCCUAAUC